AUGGGCAUUCCUACAGAAAUAGUCGGCAGUCUUCCCCGACCGGAGACGUUGCAAAAGACAUACGCGGACUACGACGCUGGCAAAAUCUCCAAAGAUCAAUUGGAGAAGGCUCAGGAUGCGGCGGCUGCAGACUCGAUUGAUCGCUUGAAACAGACUGGCGAGACCUUUGUCAGCGAUGGCGAACAACGCGCAAGCUCCUUCGCGACUUAUCCAGUCACAGAUACGCUGAACGGAACGGGUCUUGCUGAAGGACUUGCUGGUGAUGGCCAAUUCUUCGCCUACUUCGACGACGGCCACCACCGCCAACUUCCCCGCCUCACAAAAGGCCCGUUUAGGUACAAGACCUAUGCUUACGAAAAUUUCAAGAAGUCUCAGGCGCUAUCUGGAGAGGUUGCGAUGAAGACUGCUGUCAUUGCUCCUAGCAUGCUCUACCUCCUGUAUCCUCUGAAAGGCGAUCUUGAAGGAUACAAUAGGCAGCAGUUCACGCAUGACCUGGUGGAGGAGUGUGAGAAGGACAUCCGGGGAUGUUUCGCAGCUGGGGCUGAGAGAGUCUCGAUCGAUUUCACAGAGGGCCGCUUGACGGCUAAGAAGGAUCCUAGGAACCCCUGGACGAACGAGGAUCUUCUUCGGACGUUCGUGGACCUGAUCAACCAAGUACUCGACAAAUUCUCUGCCGCAGAGCGUGCAAACCUUGGGCUCCACACCUGCCCCGGUGGCGACUGCGACUCCGUCCACUCCGCUGACGUCCCGUACCAUUCACUUCUCCCUUCGCUUUUCAAGAUUAACGCAGGGUACUUCUUGAUUCAACUUUCUACAGAAAAGGACAAGCCCGCAGUUUGGAAGGAAAUCGGAGAGAAUAUUCGUCGGGAUGCCAAUGGCGUGAAGCAAGUUGCCUUCAUCGGAGUCACGAACCCGCUGGAUCCUCGAGUGGAGACCCCAGAGGAGAUUGCGGACGAGCUGUGCAAAGCGGCGGAGUACAUCCCCGUCGACCAGCUUGGUGCCACGGACGACUGCGGUUUCAGCCCUUUUAGCAUCGACCGCAAGCCAAAGUACGUCAAGGGCCCGGAUUACGCGAGGGAUAUCGCAUUUGAAAAGAUUGCGAACCGUGUUAAGGGGGCGAGGAUUGCCUCGGAAAGGCUGGAAAUAUAG